AUGCCGAAUUCUCGUUUCAACCCUAGUGUCGCAUUCAGACCUAUGAAAAGUGUAGUCAGCGCAUCCUUUCUCUAUCCAUUCAAAGGUAUCUGGUACUUUUGCGCCGAUCGACAAUUCUAUCCUCUCUUUGGCAAAAGACUAAUUCCUCUCACAAUAACCUCAAUCGUUGUUCUCGGUCUUCUUUUCACAUUUACCUAUCUUCCACAGGUAGCUUUUUUAGCUAUUUGGAAUGGUCCUGGAGCAUGGUUUAAUGCUGCAUUUCUUGUCCUUGGUGAAGGGCAAAUAUUGAUUGCUUUAUUGUUUGAAGCAUUACUGGUGGACGAGGCCUUGGUAGAUGUCUUUGAUGCUACACUUAUCAAGGAAGGUCUCAUAGAUCUCGUCUCACCAUCUCGACUCCUCCAUCACGAUGCCCCGAAUGAAGUCAAGAUGCUAGGAAAGCCCACAACUUCUGCCAUUUACUCUCCUUUUUCUUUUCGCCAGAUAGCAGAGUUCAUAAUAUUCCUCCCCCUCAAUUUCAUACCUGUGGUUGGAACACCUGCGUUCUUGAUCCUAACCGGUGCAAGAGCUGGACCUUUACAUCAUUGGCGGUACUUUAAAUUACGAGGCCUGACGAAGAAGGAGAGAAAAAGAGAGACGAAUAGCAGGAAGUGGAACUAUACAUGGUUCGGAACAGUUGCUUUAUUAUUACAACUUAUACCUGUGCUUUCCAUGUUUUUCCUUUUGACUUCCGCAGUUGGAUCAGCUUUAUGGGUGGUAAAGCUAGAGGAGCAGAAGAGAUUAAAUGUGGCAGAUACGUUGGUUAACAAUGCUGGUCUUCCAGAUAAUAGAGAGAUUGAUGAGGAGGCACGCCCGGCAUACACUGAUGAUCUUAUAUAG